UGUGACGGUGUUAAAAAAAAAACGAAUAAACCUGGCGUUGUCUAUGUUUCAUGUGAACACGACAUACUCGUAAUUUUUACUUGGAAUUACGAUUACACGUGAAGGCAGCACCAGUUCUGUUGUCAUUCCCUUGUCAUUCAGGCUGCAUUUAAUCUUACAAACUAACAUAAUAAAUAGGCACCCUACAUAAAAGCAAACUAGAAUUUGACCCACUAUUUAGUGCUCUUUUGGACGUUUCUACAGUCCCUGAGGUCUUCUGGAGUGUUUCUGUGUAGGAUGCAGUACUGCAGCACACGAGGAGGUGUUCGUGGCUGGGACUUCCGAGAUGUUCUCUUCUCAGGCUAUGCUCCAGAUGGGGGCAUGUUCAUGCCCGAGACAAUUCCUUCAAUCUCCCCUGCCACUCUCCGAUCCUGGUGCUCUCUGUCUUACCGGCAGCUUGUGUGUGAAGUAUGUUCGCUCUUCAUCUCUGAGCAGCUCAUCCCAAAACAUGAUUUAGAAGACCUCAUAUCCGGUGCUCUGUCCCAGUUCUCUGUGCCAGAUACGGUGAAGUUGGUGCAAUUAAAGGGCUCUCUGUCUGUCUUGGAACUGUUCCAUGGAAAGACGCUGGCUUUUAAAGAUCUGGCCAUGACCUGCACCACACGCUUUCUGGAGUACUUUCUGCGUAAGGACCACAGACGUGCCAUCAUCCUCGUUGGGACAUCUGGGGACACCGGAGGCUCAGCCAUCAGCAGUGUGUGUGAUCUUAGUGCCGUGGACAUAAUAGUGGUUUUCCCUUGUGGACGAAUCACUCAGGUGCAGGAGAGACAGAUGACCACUCAUAUAGAGGACAAUGUCCAUGUUUUUGCAGCGGACGGAAGUUCGGAUGAAAUCGACGUGCCUUUGAGGAAGCUGUUUGCCGAUCGAGACUUGGUGAAUCGCUACGGUCUGAUGAGCCUGAACUCAGUGAACUGGUCACGCAUUCUGGUGCAGCUCUCUCAUUUUAUAUACGCCUACCUGCAACUGAGCGGAGUUCAGUAUACAGACGGAGACACACUACCCGCUGUGGAGGUAGUGGUGCCCACAGGAGGGGCAGGAAAUAUCACAGCUGGAUGCAUCGUGAAGCACAUGGGGGUUCCUCUGCACCUCGUGGCCAUGGUGAACUCUAACGACAUUGUGCACCGUGCAGUUCAGAGUGGAGACUUCUCUAUGACCGACAGCGUCAAGCAAACUCUAGCUCCAGCCAUCGACAUUCAGGAUCCUUAUAACAUGGAGCGUGUGUUCUGGCUGUUAUCUGGGAAGGAUGGCGCCUUAGUAAAGAGGAUGAUGGAACAGUUUCAGGACACUCACACACUCUCUCUACCUGAAACACUCCACAAAAAGUUGUGUUCAGUCAUGCGUUCAGGUUCUGUGUCUGAUGAGGGGAUAAUAGAGGUCAUAAAGAGAUGCUGGGAGGAAAAUCAGUAUUUGGUGUGUCCUCAUACAGCUGUGGGAGUCUGGCAUCACUUCCACCAUCCUGUCCGGCAUGGCGAGAAUAGAUGCUGCAUUGCUACAGCCUCUCCAGCCAAGUUUCUUGAAGCGGUACAGAAAGCAGACCUAACCAUCGACCUCCCUGACGUAGUAAAGCAGCUGGAGACAAAGGAGACUCGCUAUAAACAUCUAGAGCAAAGCGAGAACUGGGAAAGAGCAUUAAGAGAGCGCAUCGAGGCUAUCGGCUCUGCACGACAACAAGGAGCGCUGUUUUAUACAUUAUAACUAGGUUUAGUGUCUGGAAGGUUGUGGGAUCAAAUCCCAGCGUUUGCUCUUAUAUACUCAAAUAAUCUAUAGUUGGGCCUGGAUUCAGUAAAGAUUUCUGUGUAUAAAAACCCACUCAAACUUGAUUAAAAAUGUGAAAAUACUAAAUAAAUUAGUAGAUACAGAAGUGCAUCUAAGAAAAAGUUAAAUGAAAUGAAAUGAAAUAAAAUUAAAUGGGGAGCAUGGAAACCUUUAUAAUUUCCACAUAUACAUUAGAGCACAGUGGAAUUAUUUUCUUCGCAUAUCCCAUCUGAGAAGGUUGGUGUUCCAAGCAUUAUUUUGAUUUUAUUUUUGAUAAUUAUGGCCUGUAGCUCAAAAACAUUGAAAAAGCGUAUCUCAAACAAGAAUAUUUCAUUUCCACUUUUUAGGCGAAUCUCUUUUUUAUGCAGUAUAAAUACCAGGUCUCUCACGUAGACACUCGGUACACACUACCAUGAUCAUGGGGAAGACUGCUGACUUGAUGGCUUCCAGAAGUCACUCACUGCCCCCCCUCCAUAAAGAUGAGUGUUGUAUCAAAGCGUAGUCGAUAUAUAUUUUUAUGAAACAUUCUAUUUUCAGAUACUAAAAUUUUUGACUUUAAAUUGUAAAUUAUAAAUUGUAUAAUAAUAAAUCUAAAAUAUAUGAAACUUUCAAUGUUUGAAUUAAAUUUGAGGGGGGGGGGUGAACGUUUCCUUGAUAUUCUAAUUUUUAUUCAUUUCUAUUUCAGUUGUCUUUAAAGUUUAUAUACUAAUAGCUUUGCAUGUAUAAAAAAAACUUGAAUUAAAAACAAAAAGUGAAAAUUACCUUAUCGUUAUCUUGGAAGCUUUUAUUAAUCACAAACGCUGUGUUUUACUGCAACCACGUCACGUCAGGACUCAUGAUCAACAGUGUUCAUGUUGUGAAUAUGGAUUCUUUACAUUUCUGUCAUUUAACUGAACUCACAUUCAUUUCUGCAUGCUUUUAUAUUACAUUCGCAUCGUGUUUUAAACAUGAUGAGCUUUUCAGUUACAGUAUUCUCGUCCCGGACUCUGACAUUUAUGCAUUUGGUCAAAUAAUUGCACACACUGUUCAUGGGAUUUAUUUGAGUUUUAGUAAAUCAAUAGCUUUGUGUUGGAUUCCUCUUCAUGUUCAUGUGAAUGUUUAAAAAAAAAAAUACAUGUACCAACUGAAUUGAAAAGGUAGUAAAAAGAUGGGACUGUUGCAGAAACUCUUUAAAUAUAAUUUUUUUUCAGUAAUUGUGUAAUUUUUUUUCCAGCUGUAUGUUUUGCUUUAAUUUUGUUCCUGAUUAAAUACUUUAUAUUAUACACAAUA